UAAAAACUCGUCGAUAGGGCGUAAAAGAGGAUGGGGAGCGGUCCGAGCAAAACGAGGAUGCUGACGGUCGAGAACGAUGACCCGACGAGCGUCAUCAAGGUUUCCGACGACGUCGUGGACCGGAUAAAGGGACUCGCUCAGACGGCGCCACGGGCGGAGCCCCAGCAGGCGACGGUCCAACCCGUCUACGUUUCCGAGCCCUCGACGACCAGUCUCGAGAUCAGGCGGUCGCACGUCGCCGAACUGAGCAAAAAUGACGAGUACUGGGCGGGUCGGUUGAAACACGUCGAAGACAGUCACAGACGGAUGAACCAGGUGAUGCAGGAUGAGUACCAGAAAGCCCUGGACGAGUACAAGGAGCCGAAAAGGACGCAGUCCCUGAAGGAGAUUCCGUGUCUCGACUCGAAAAGGGCGGUGAUCGAGUGCUACCGGCGGUACCCGGGCGAGCCCCUCAGGUGCGCGAAAGUGGUGCAGGCGUUUCAAGAGUGCGUCGACUUUAAAACGCACAGCCUGCUCGCCGGCAAGUGACCCGAGACGCUCGGUUUAGUGUAACGGCGCUAAUUUUAGGUUACGUCCGUCGUGUUAAUAAAUUAUUUUUGUUCGUUUCCG